UUCCAAUUUUCUUGGCAAGGACUACUCAUUGAACUAUAAAUGUACCUGCUUAUCAAAGCUUCAUAAUGAUAUUUCUUGCUUUUUCUUGUUUCUCCACUCUCCACCAACCCUUUAAUUUACUGUUCUAGUCUUCUUUGUUGGAGAAAAUGGUCAUCCUUCUUGAGCAACAUGAUUUUGGGCUACAAUUUGAAGAGAAAAAUGUGCAUUCUGAAGAAACCAAUGAGCUUGUGCUGGAUGGUGGAUUCCCCUCAUUAAAGCAAGUGUCAAAUGAUGGAUUUACUGUCCCAGAAAUCAAUUCAUUUGGCCAUUCAUUUAGAAAUUAUGAUGCAGAAAGUGAAAGAAAGAAAGGGGUGGAGGAAUUUUAUAGGUUGCAACACAUCAACCAGACAUAUGACUUUGUUAAGAGAACGAGGGAGGAAUAUAAGAAACUGGACAAAGCAGAAAUGAGCAUAUGGGAAUGUUGUGAAUUGCUUAAUGAAGUGGUGGAUGAAAGUGAUCCAGAUUUGGAUGAACCUCAAAUUCAACAUUUGUUACAGUCAGCUGAGGCUAUCAGAAAAGACUACCCUGAUGAAGAUUGGUUGCAUUUGACUGCUCUCAUCCAUGAUCUUGGAAAGAUUCUUCUCCUUCCUAAAUUUGGUGAGCUUCCACAAUGGGCUGUUGUUGGAGAUACGUUUCCACUAGGUUGUGCCUUUGAUGAAUCAAAUAUUCACCACAAGUAUUUCAAGGACAACCCUGAUGCCAAAUGCCCUGCUUUUAGCACAAAAAAUGGGAUCUACACUGAAAAAUGUGGACUAGACAACGUGAUGAUGUCAUGGGGACAUGAUGAUUAUAUGUAUUUGGUUGCUAAGGAAAAUGGUACCACUUUGCCAUCACCAGGAUUGUUCAUUAUAAGAUAUCACUCCUUUUAUCCUUUACACAGGGAAGGUGCAUAUACUCACUUGAUGAAUGAAGAAGAUAAGGAUAAUUUGAAAUGGCUCCACAUAUUUAAUAAAUAUGAUCUAUACAGCAAGAGCAAAGUUUUAAUUGAUGUUGAAAAGGUUAAGCCAUACUAUCUAUCACUCAUUGAAAAGUAUUUCCCAGCAAAACUUAGAUGGUGAGCCUUGAGGAUAGAAAAAGACUAAGAAUUGGGGUCAACUGGUCAAGGGUACGAAGGAGAUUGAUCUUUGAGUAUUUGGGCAAGCAAUCCACUGAAUUAUAUAGAUUUAAUCAUUCGUUUUUUUGGGAGCUUUCAAAUUGCAAUUCAAUAUUAUGUGAUGUACUUAUGCAAUAUAUUGCAACUAGUGCGAUAACCCGUGCGUUGCACGAAAUUUUAUGUUGAAAUUUUUUAAUAAAUAAAUUAGUUUUUUAUA